AUGACGGUAACCCAAAUGAAGUCUGAUCUAUGGAAGACAGUGCAAAAGAAAUUGCCAAAUCCGAGGGCCAAAACCAUAGUUCAGGGUAAGACGAUUAUCGUCGUCCCGGAUGAUAAAACUACGUUCGAGGUGUUAAACAGGGUUCCGAACAUCAGGUCUGUUGGGCCCAGGCAGCCCAGAAUAAUAGUUUAUGAUGUCGAUGACGACAUCAGUGGCGAAAAAAUAGCCCACGGAAUAAUGGAACAAAAUCCAGAGCUGGAACUAUCAGAGGACGAUGUCGAGUGCUUGGUCGUAAGCCAUAAGACGGGCCCGAGGGGAAAAGGCAGCUCCCACUGGGUACUUGAGACGCCGCCGUGCGUCCUCAAGAAACUAGAAAAUAGGUCGGUCUUCCUCGGAAUGACCAGGUGCAGGGUCAAGUUGUAUCAAAGUACAGUGCAAUGUUUUAAAUGCCAGAGGUACGGACACACCGCGACGAGGUGUAAUCAGGCUGAGUCCACCUGUAAGCACUGUGCUGGUCCGCACGACAGCCGCGAAUGCAGCGACAAGAUGAAUAAAAAAUGCACAAACUGUAAGCUUGCACACCAGGCAUCUAGCUCGGCGUGCAAGGCCAAAGAACAGGCACUUAGAAGCCUAUUAAGGCGCACGAACUUUGGCUCGCAAUGA